AAAAACGUAUGGAGGAGGAUUAAUCAUGUCCUAUUCCUUAUUGCGAUUCGUACGUUGUGCUGGAGCUGCCUCACUGCGCAUAACCAAUACACAAUAUCCCUUCACCUUGUACCUGCUGCCAAUUCGUCCAAAUAAUUACUGUAUUGUGGCACAUUAUUCCAGGCGCAGCGAUUCGAAAAACCUUGAGUCCGCGUUCAAGGUUGUCAAAUCAAAAGUUCGUGUAGAAGAAUUCUUGGGUGGGGAAUGUGGUCCUAAUUGGGAACUACUGGCUCCUAAAGGAAACAGGUUUUUCCUUAAGAAUGCUGUUGGACCAGCUUGGCAGGGUGCUUCUAGCACGAUCACACUGGACGCUCCAUUAGAAUCGCUGGUCGAUUUUGAUGGAAAGCAGAAAGAACAGAAAUCGCUGUUGGAAUUUUCUGUCGCACAAUGCCCUUCGUUAAUUAAGAAAUCAUUACAUGAACUCUUCCCUGCUCCAGAAGUGGUGUCUAGUGAAAAAUUAACCUUAGUAACAUUAAAAUUUCAUGGCGAUUCCGAACAAGGUGCAAGGAAGUUUGUUUUGGCGGCUCGUGAAAUUUCUUCCCGCCUCCGUUUGCAUGGCUAUUGGGCAGAUUUCAUGAAUCCUUUCAGUGGGAAACCAUUUUACUCCUGGGCUAGCGGUAAGAACCUGUACAAAAUCGACAAAAGAUUCCGUGGACUCAAUAUGAAGUUGAAGAAACACAAUGAUUGUGUUGUCAUACUACCAGAAGAUAAUGCCGAGAAGGCAUUCUCUGGAUCAAUUUAUACCAACGCCCCUUCCGACUUUUCAGAAAUUAAAUCGUUAAUCGAUAAUCAGGUUUAGCG